AUGGGCAAGCAACCGUUCAAGGAGGCCAAGUCCAAGGACAAGCGCUCCGCGCCGUACUCCAAGUCCGCCAAGUCGGCUCGGCACGCCAAGCCGAAGGGACCGAGCAAGCCAACCGUCGACGUCAAGUACGACGGCGAAGUGUCGGCAGCCACGAAGAAGGUGCUGGAGAAGAAGGCCAAGGUCGUCUCUGCGCCCGCCAAGAAGGUCAAGGCCGAGUCGAGCAAGAUCUCCGAGAAGACCAAGGGCAAGGGCAAGGCUGUCGCUGCGCUGCCCUCACCCUCCCCGGAAGCCGAUGACUCACCCACGUUCAAGAUCAUCGCGGGUACCUACGAGCGGCUCCUCUACGGCCUGGAGGGCAAGUAUGUUGAUGGCAAGAUCGCUCUCGAGCCACUCUUCAUCUUCCCGGCCCACCUGGCGUGUGUCAAGGCUGUCGCGGCGAGUCCGACGGGCAAGUGGCUGGCAACGGGGAGCGAGGACGAGUUUGUCAAGGUCUGGGAUCUGCGGAGGCGGAAGGAGGUCGGAUCUCUCAGCCAGCAUACCGGCUCCAUCACGUCCGCGACGUUCCCGACACCCAGCCACCUCCUCACGACGUCGGCGGACUCGACGAUUUCCCUCUUCCGCACGUCGGACUGGGCGCUCCUCAAGAGCCUGAAGGGCCACUCUGGGCGCGUCAACUAUGUCGACGUGCACCCAACCGGGCGUGUCGCUUUGUCGGUGGGCAAGGAUAACACACUCAAGAUGUGGGACCUGAUGCGCGGGCGCGGCGCGGCUUCCUUGGCUCUCGGAAGCGAGGCUGAGAUCGUCAAGUUCUCGCCGCGGGGGACGCACUUUGCCGUCCUGUUCCCACGCAAGAUUGAGAUUUACAGCCUCACGCUCAAGAAGCUCGCUACACUCGAGAGCAAGAUCCGCUUCAACCACUUGCUGUUCGCUGAGCUUCCGGGAGAGGAGACUGAGCUCCUCUGCGUCGGGACGGAGAAGGGCGUCGUGGAGGUGUACACUGUCGAGAUGCCGGAUGAGGAUGAGGAGGAGGAGGAGGAUGAGGAGGAUGAGGAGGAUGAGGAGGAGGAGAAGAAGGGGCCGAAGGCCGAAGUCGACCGCAUCGCCACUCUUGUAGGACACACCAACCGAAUCAAGGCCGUCUCGGCGCUUCCCUUCGCCGCACCCACGGGACCGACCGUGCUUCUGACCACGGCAUCGAGCGACGGCGUGAUCAACGUGUACGACCUCGGGGCCAUCCCGACUGCCGAGAGCGAGGAACAGCAGCCCAUCGCGAGCUACGACACCAAGGGGUCGCGCUUGACAUGUGUCUAUAUCGCUGAGGGUGGCGCCCCUCGACGCAAGAGCAAGACGGCACCGAAGGCCGAGGCCAAGUCGGGAGCUGGAGCCCGCUUCGACGUCGAGGAGAGCGAGGAGGAGGAGGAGAGUGAGGAAGAGGACGGCGACGAGGACAUGUACGAUGUCGCAUCGGAUGAGGAGUCUGAGGGCGGCGUCGAGGUCGAGUUUGAAGAUGAGGAAGAGGAGGAGGAUGAGGAGGAGGGCGAGUACGAGGACUAG